AAAUAAUAUAGCCUCAAAUGCCAAGACAAGGUAGAACUCCAGUUACAGCGCCUGAUAAAGGAGCUUUCCCUCUUGAUCACUUCCAUGAGUGCCAGAGCUUCUCAAAGCUGUAUAAUGACUGCCUUAUGAAGCAUCAGCUGAUGCCAAAGCGAUGUCAGAAGUUUCAGAUGGACUAUCUUGAAUGCAGAAUGAAAAAUAAUCUUAUGGAGCAAGAGUCGUUCGACAAACUUGGUUUCAACGAAACUACUUCAUGGAACACAGAGGAAGAAAUGAAGAGAGACUUGUUCACAAAGCUAGUAGAGAUCCACAAGAUGGCAGAUCGUAACAUUUACAGAAUGCAAGGGUAUGACCAUGUUGAUAAUAAUAUUUACAAUGUGUAA